AUGAGGCACUCCAAUAUCCCAGGUGGUGCAAUAAAAUAUGUCGAGAGAGAAAUGGGAAUUCAUUUUCGCAUGAAAAGUGUAAAUAACUUCUUUCUUCUUUUGGUUUUUUUGGGAUACGAGACUAAUGGAGGCUGUAUGAAGGUUCACAUUUAUGCAUAUGAAGUUUCAGAGGAAAACGCAAAUGAGAUAUUCACGGUAACUGCAUUCGCCAUUGUUUGCUAUUGUCGUUUGUUAUAUGUUGGUUUCCCAAAAAAUCAUCGAGAACAACCGAACAAGAAGGACAACAGAUAUGCAAUGCAAUCAUGCUGGCAUGUAGUCGAAUAA